AUGUUUGUGAUUUCAUCUCAUUCUUUUUCUUUUCCUUCUUCUUCUAAAUCACAUCCAAUAUGUUUUCACUUUUUCCCGAUUUCGUACACGACAAUACAGAUUGGGGGAUUGGGAAGGUGGAAAUUAUUCUUCAUCAAUGAAACAUGUGGAUCUCAAGUCGAAGUUCUGUGGAGCCACACAAUAGGUGUCAGAUGCAGAGGGAGAUGCAGAUCUCCAUGGAUGUUGUCAUGUGUUUUACCCUUUCGUGUAUGGACUAGCAGUAUUGCAGCAUCAGUCUCAAGAAAUGUAGGGUUUUAA